AGGGGGCUCACGGGUUUAAAUUUUCGCGCCCACUGCGCAACAAGUUGCGCAUAGUUACGGUAUCCAUGACGGAAACCGGCCAGUUGUCACAACAAUUCAUACAUUAUUAUUUAGCGUAUUAAAAAUAGUUUUGAACCAAUAAAACAUUUGUUUAUUAAUACAAUAUCUUACCUUACGUUUAUUUAUAUUUAUUUUUAUCUCAUGAGUUAUUUUGUUAUUAAAUUUUGCACUUCCGGUUUUAUAAAUAUGUAAACAAGGAAGUCAAAAACGAAAGUUAUUAAUGUAUUCAGGCGGUUAUUGUAGACUAAGAAAUAAUAAACGGAAACGACGGAAUCUGGUGAAUAUUUCGGUGUUUUUAUAUGUCUUGUAUAUGCUGUUUCACCUACGAAAUGAACCAGCCAAAGUCCUGUGCACCUGAAAGAACUCGAGACAAAUGGAGUAGCAUCACUUAUUGGGCAGAAGACUGGGAAAGUUCUGCAUCAUACCAUGAGAUCUGGGGAUUGCAGAGUAUGCAGCAUAGCAAACAGAAAAGGAGAAGUAUUCAGAAAACAUAAGUGCUCUAAAAACUGGACUGGAUCAGCAAAAGCAAUGGAGCCUGACAUGGUUGUCCAGAUGAUCCGUGAUUUGAAGGAACAAAAUGUCCCAAUAUCAGAACUUGCUGGGGAUGAUGAUUCAACUGGAUACAACAGAGCCAUUAAGGAAAUGCCGGAUCUUCAUAUGGAGAAAACUAGUGAUCGCAAUCAUGUAACCAAAAAUAUCGUCAACAAAUUAUACAGCAUGAAGCCAAAGCAUAAGGAAUUAUCUGUAAUGGUGAUAAAUGCUAUUACCAGAAACUUUGCCUACAUGGUUGACCAAAAUAAGGGAAACCAAACUGGAAUAGAAAAUGGGUUAAGAGCGUCGAUUGAUCACAUUUUUGGUGAACAUGCACACUGUGUGCAAAGUUGGUGUGGCUACUUAAAAGACAAAACCACCUACAAACAUUCAAGCCUUCCACAUGGCAAAGAUUUAAAAUCUUUGGACUUGAAGUCUGAUCUUGAAAAACUGUUCUUGGAUAAAUUGGUGCCAAACUCAAAGAAACUGGCAAAUCUAGCAAGUUCUCAAGCUAAUGAGAGUUUGAAUAUGACCAUAGCUACUAAAGCACCAAAAUACAAACAUUACUCUGCCUCAUCCAGCUUAAGCUACAGAGUUAGUUCAGCAGUUCUACAGAAAAAUGAAGGCUAUAGCUAUGUGUCUGAGGUACAUGAAUCAUCUGGAUUAUCACCUGGUACUGAAACAUUGAAGAGAUCAUUGAAAUUAAACAGAAAGAGAGACAGAAAGUCAACUGUUUCGAAGACAAGAGAGGGAAAAAAACAACGUCUGCUUCUGAAGAAGAAAAGAAGUUCCAAGAAUUCUGGAAUGGAAGUCAGAGAAGGAAAAACUUACGAAAGUGAAAUAGGACUGGAACAUCCAGAUCAAGAAGAAAUUCCUGAAGUUAUGGAAAUAGACAAAUUUGACAAAGAAGCAAUUACAGUAGCACCUUUGUUGGUGUUUGACUUAGAAACCACAGGCCUUAGUAGAUCAUCUGAUAUUAUACAACUUGCAGCCUGUUCAAAAGACAGCACUUUUGAUACCUACAUCUUACCAAGCCAACCAAUAUCAAAAGAAGCCACCAACAUCACAAAGAUCACAGUGCGUGGAAACAAUAUGCUGUACAAUUCAAAACCAGUCAACUUUAAAUAUCCACAUCAAGCUCUUACUGAUUUCAUUACAUUUCUGUCAGAAUUUUCAUGUAAACCAAUUCUUGUUGGACACAAUAUCAAGAGAUUUGACUGUCAUAUUUUGUACAAUGCCUUAAGAUUUUAUAACAUGUACUCAGAAUUUUGUAGCCAUAUAAUUGGAUUUGUAGAUAGUUUAGAUGUAUUUAAACAUGUUGUUCCUGGACUAAGUUCUUAUAGUCAGACAAAUCUUGUUGACACACUUCUUGAUGAAACCUAUGCUGCUCAUAAUGCCUUAGAGGACACUAGACUAUUAUUUAGAUUAAUCACUUGUACAUCACAAGGAAAUGUUAUAUCUGAUAACAUCAAAGAUUUUAUUUUUUCUUCCAACUAUCCACAUAACUGUCACAUGCAUCAAGAUAAUUUAACAACUUUUAGUGAGGCUAUUAACUGUAAAGCUUUAUCUAAAGCCACAGCUUUGAAAGCUGCACGUUCUAAUUUAAGGUUGUGUCAUUUAAAAUUAUCUAUUGAAAGAAAUGGAUUAGAUGGUUUACGCGCACUGUUGUCCGAACUUACGAAUCAAGGAAAAGUGCGUGUAACCAGUUGUAAAAAGAUUAUUCAAAAGAUGUAUGACUUUUUGACUCCUGAAAGUUAAGGUGGCUUGGGCAAUUUUAAACUUACUAUGAUAUAAAUUGCUUUUUUAAAUAUUUUUAAAUUCUAAGUGAUAUAUUUAUAUAGGUGCAUUGUUCAUUUAUGCUCACAAUCACUCCUUAUAAGAAGUAUACACUUUUUUGUUUUAAACUUAUUAGAAAAAUAGAUUUAUUGAUGAAUAAAACUAAAAACAGACCUGACCUACAAAAAUUUCCAAAAUAUUUGGUCUAAUAGUUUAUCUGUAUUUAUGAUUAUAAACCAGAUAUAAGGGAAUGCAUAACAGUUUUGAUAAAAACAAUAAUGUUGAAUUUUUUGGCCAAAACUUUUUUUGUCCUAAGCCACCUUACAUAUAUAUUAACAUAAAUAUUGUGUGUGUUGUUCUUUCUGAUUAGACGAUAUCUUGAAUUCCAUGUAUCAUUAUAACAAAUAUCAUCACUUUUGUUAUGAAUAAACAAAAAUGAAAAUAAAAGAAGGGAAAUAAAAUAUAUGUGUGCUUCCUAUUUCUUUGUAAAAAAAAGGGUUGUAUCUAUUUUUGAUUAAUAAUUCUAAAUCCUUUUCACAGUCUUGAUUCCAUAAAUAUAAGUUUCAACAGAAAAGUUUUAAUAUCAGUUUGUUUGAAAAAUAGAACAAAUUUUACAAAAUGCUGAGAACUUUCAGGCUUGAAAGGGUUCAUCAUAGAUUGGUUAAGAAGUCCGAAACACACACAUAUUUUUAUAUGGCCUCACUUUAAAAUUGGAA